CCAUUUAGGCUUGCACGUGUAAAAGAAACCGGUGUGCAUGAAGGAAACGAUUAUACCCGGUGUAUUUGGGCAAUUGUAUGGUAUUGGGCUGUACUUGAAAAAGAGGUCAGACGAAAAGGUUGAAUUUGAAAUAGUUCGCCAAAGCGGAAAGUAUAUAUACAUAUACACAACAAAAACAUUAGGAUCUCUUAGUGCAUAGAGUUUCUGUAAAGCAGAAAUUGCAGUCUAGUUUGAUCUGCAGCAUUUGUGUGACAGAUUCACUUAGGAAUACUAAGUGGCAGUAAUAAAAUGCAUCUGAUUUUCCGGGCGGCGUUGUGCUUUGUAUUUGUAUUCACUGCUAACGCAUUAAAAUGCUGGGAUUGCAACAACGCUCAAAGUUACAACGACUGUGUUAUAAACGGACGUUUGAAACAGUGCCAGCCAAACCAGAUGUCGUGUCAAACGGAAAUAAGAAGAGAUCCACAAGGAAUACGGAUAUCGAAGGGUUGUAAGAACACACAAGCAUGCGAAAACAACGCAAGAAACAACCCGAACCUUUGUAAACCGGAACAACACGGAUCAUAUUGUGUAUGUUGCUGUGAGAACGACAACUGCAACCGAGCAACGAGCGAUUGCAGCAAAGAACCGAAAUGCGAGAGACCUACAAACCCAGCAAAUGGUGCCGUAUCAUGUCCUGGAAACGAACUGCUAACACUGAACCAGGAGUGUACAUACAGCUGUAACGCAGGGUACAUACUGGCAGGAAACACAGCAACCAGAUGUACCAUGACGAAUACGAAUACUGCAGCUCUUAACAGUCAACCACCGACGUGUAGAAAAGCUCAGUGCACUCCUACACCAUUGAACCCGGAAAAUGGAGUUUAUGAAUGCACGGAUGCUUCAUAUCUUGAAAGUAGGUGCGAAUAUGCUUGUAACCCCGGAUUCGCAAUCGUUGGCGAAGCGGUAUUGACUUGCACGCUUAAGGUGGGGCAGGCAUCAUGGUCCACACCUCCACCCAUUUGCCAAAAGGUGACUUGUCAACCGUCACAGCAACCGCCAUUAAACGGUGGUAUCUCGUGCACGGCUGACAAUGCUAUUGGGAGUGUCUGUACCUUUCAUUGCAACGCUGGAUACUCGGUCAACGGGAGUGCUGUUUCAACAUGCGAAGACAACUUUGACGGUGACACAGACGGUGUUUGGAGUUCGACCCCACCGACAUGCUACCGUCAACAAUGCAAUCCUGCUUCAGUGGACCCCGAAAAUGGGGUUUAUGAAUGCAAUGAUGGUUCAUAUCUUGGAAGCAGAUGCGAAUACAGAUGCAAUCCAGGAUUCGCAAUCGUUGGUGUGGCAGUUUUGACUUGCACGCUUACUGAGGGAAACCCUUCAUGGUCUACACCUCCACCUAUUUGCCAAAUUGUGUCCUGCGACCUACAACCACCCCCAACAAACGGUGGGGUAUUAUGUACGGAAGCUCACAACGUUGGAAGUGUAUGUACAUAUGAUUGCGAUGCGGGAUAUGCAUUGAACGGCAGUGCUGUUUCAAGAUGUGUAGAUGACUUUGACGGCGACACAGACGGAGUUUGGACUUCGCCACCGCCGAUAUGCUUCCGUCACCAGUGUAGUCCUCCAUUGGCAGACCCCGAAAAUGGAUUUUAUGUAUGCAGUGAUGGUUCGUAUCUUAAUAGUAGAUGCGAAUACGGCUGUAACCCCGGAUUCGCAAUCGUUGGUGAAGCAGUUUUGACUUGCACGCUUACGGAGGGCAGCCCUUCAUGGUCUACACCUCCACCUAUUUGCCAAAUUGUUUCCUGCGACUUACAACCACCUCCAAUAAACGGUGGCGUGUUGUGUACGGCUGGACAUAACUUUGGAAGUGUCUGUACCUUUCAUUGCAACGCUGGAUACUCGGUCAACGGUAGCGCCGUUGCAACAUGCCAAGACAACUUUGACGGCGACACAGAUGGAGUUUGGAGCUCACCACCACCAAUUUGUCAAACUGAAACGCAGGAUGAGAUUCGUGAUACAGAACAUACAACUCCAAGCCCCGAAAAUGAAGUAACAUGCAGCAGCCUCGGCACAGUUGUGAACGGCAACUACACUUGCACCGAUCAGUUCUUCUCUAACUCUGUAUGCACGUUCCAAUGCGAUACGGAAAGUGGUUAUCAUUUAAUUCCGGCGAAUCAUAUCAACAUACGAUGUCUGGAGGAUGGUUCAUGGGAUCAGGACCCUCCAUGCUGCGACAGAAGCUGUCCUCCGUAUGCUGCUAUGGACUUCGUUCUAAUUCUUGAUUCAUCAUCCUCUGUUAAACGAAGAAAUUGGAACAUAAUAAAACGAUUUGGCAAAAACAUUCUUCAGGCAUUUGAUCUUGGGGAAGAAACUGGAAGGAUGGCCGUUUUCCGAUACAACAAAAGAGUUGACACCAACACGCAAAUACUUUUUAAAGACCAUCUCAAAAAUAGAACAAGUUUUUUCAAAGACUAUGAUCGCAUACCUUAUAACGGAGGGGGUACAUUAACUGGGCAAGCAUUGCGCCACGCUAAGAAUGUUAUAUUAGCUGAAGAAAAUGGCAACAGGCCUUCUGUUGUCGAUGUUGUGUUGACCAUUACUGAUGGAAGGGCCCAAGAUGAUGUCGGUAAUAUUUCAAGAGAACUCAGAGCAAACGGAGCCUUGACUUAUGUCAUUGGUGUACAACCUGGCAAUAAAAAAAAGUUGGACGAAAACGAAUUGCUGGAAAUCGCUGGCAGGAAAGAGAAUAUGUUUCUGGUAACGUCAGGUUUUGCAGCAUUGGAUCAACAGUUUGCUGAGAAAUUAAGUCAAUCGAUUUGCACAAGUCAGUGUGGAAGACCUCCAGUACCAAUUGUAUCAGCAGAAAUUCAAUGCUUGACAUCUCUCUCUGCACCGACCAACGGUUCGAUCGUUUGUUCUGAUGGUUACAACUUGGGAAGUCGAUGCGAGUUCGCAUGUGAAGUCACUCCUUCGCAGUCGUUUACACUUGUCGGUAACACUGAGUCAGUAUGUUUAUCCGAGGAUGGACUUACUGCUUCAUGGUCGCACCCUGCCCCAACUUGCAUUCGUACUCAGUGUAGUCAAGUUCCGCCGAUUCCAAAUGGAAGAAUGACUUGCCUUGAUGGAAACUUUGUCAACUCUGUUUGCACAUUUCAUUGCGAAACAUCGAAUGGCUAUUCGGUCUACCCUGAAACCAACAACGAAAUUACUUGUUUGAGCAACGGAACGUGGGACAAGCAAGUGCCAUGCUGUAGCAGACAAUGUCCUCCGUAUGCAGCCAUGGAUUUUGUUCUCAUUCUUGAUUCUUCAUCGUCGGUGAAAAGACGGAACUGGAAUAUUAUGAAACGCUUUGGAAAAAAUAUACUCAAUUCCUUUAACCUGGGUGACGACACUGCAAGAAUGGCUGUAUUUAGAUACAAUAAAAGAGUGGAUACCAAUAGCCAAGUACAACUGAAAGACUUUCCCACCAACAAGACAAAAUUAUUCCUUGCGUACGAUCAGAUACCUUACAAUGGAGGAGGUACACUAACGGGACAGGCUUUGCGUCACGCCAAAGAUGUGAUGUUUAGCGAAGAAAAUGGGAACAGACCCGGAGUGGUUGAUGUUGUUUUGACUAUUACUGAUGGACGGUCUCAAGAUCAUGUAAGGAAUGUAUCCCGGGCGCUUAGAGCAAAUGGAGUUCUGACAUAUGUCAUCGGGAUACAACCAGGAAACAAUAAGAAGUUAGACAAGAAUGAAUUGCUCGAUAUUGCUGGAAGCAGAGAGAAUAUGUUUCUGGUGACGGGAGGGUUCAGUGCGUUGGACCAACAGUUUGCUUACAAGUUAAGCAGAAGUAUCUGUACAAACCAAUGUGGCCAAGAACGACCUGGAGAAAUAACUUGUGAUCCUGAGCAAACAUCGCUUACGAACGGGGGUGUUACUUGCACGAGUAGCAACCAUUUAAACAGCGAAUGUAGUUUCACAUGUAACGAUGGGUAUAUGUUGUCUGGAUCGGCAACAUCGACAUGUAAUAUCAACCUAGAAGACAAUGAACAUGGAUCUUGGAGCAACGAGCCACCAGUAUGUCAAGAAAUACUAUGCACUGCUCAGAACGGCCCAAUGAACGGCCACACAAGUUGUGCAGGUGAUGUUUCUAUUGGGACUGUGUGUUCUUUUGUAUGUCCUUCCACAUACAAAUUGGUGGGUGAAGCUUCAUCAACUUGCGAAGAAGUUUCAGGAAAUCCACUUGGAAUUUGGAGCAAUGACGUUCCAUCAUGUCAACCCAUUGUGUGCACGCCUCAGCAAACAGCACCAACAAAUGGAGAUGUGUCUUGUGAUGACGAUAACCUUCUAUAUAGCGUGUGUACUUUCACUUGCAAUAGUGGCCACGUCUUGAUUGGAUCACCAACGAUAAAGUGCAACUUUGGUAAUACUACCACUGAUGGAGUUUGGAAUCACGAUGCUGCAGUUUGUCAAGAAAUCUUAUGUACUGCUCAUGCGGCCCCUGAAAAUGGUGGAACCAGUUGCAUAGGAGAAGUAGCUAUAGGAACUGUAUGUUCUUUCUCGUGUUCUGAGGGUUACAGACUCCUGGGGCCAUCUUCGUCGACUUGUGGAGAAAACAGCAAUGCCGGAACAUGGAAUAAAGAAGCACCAACUUGUAAACGAUUAUCAUGCUCUCCAACGCCCGAAGCCCCUUCUAAUGGAAAUGUAUCAUGCAGUGAUGGUGAUUUUAUCAACAGCAUAUGCUCAUUUACUUGCAGUACGGGCUUUACAAUAAUUGGACCAACUUCAACGACAUGUCAAACUAACGAUUCAAGUGAGGUAGAUUGGAACAAACCUGCACCUGUCUGUCAGCCAAUUAUGUGCCAGCCACCUCAAAAUGCACCCACUGACGGCUCUGUGUCUUGUACGAACGAAAACCAUCUCGACAGCGUGUGUACGUUCACAUGCAGUCAAUCGUAUGCCAUAAUUGGUGCUGCUGUUACUUCAUGUAUGAAUGAUGGUAAUGGGGAUGCAAUGGGAGAAUGGUCUGUUCUGCCACCAAUAUGUGAACGCAAACGCUGUCCUACACCCCCAUCAGCACCAUUGAAUGGAUUCAUAUCCUGCACACCAGAACUAUAUGUUGGUUCGUCGUGUGAAUUUGAAUGCGAUCAAUAUCACAGACCAGUUGGUCCGUUGUACAUUACAUGCGUCGAUCAGGAGAAUGCUGCUCCGGCAUUUGACAAUACAGCUCCAGUUUGUGAAAGGAUUGAGUGCAAUGCAAUUUCGUCUCUAAAGAACGGUCAUAUCAACUGCACAGAUGAUAACUUUGUAAACUCUGUAUGUACCUUCCAAUGUGAUUCUUCCAAUGGUUACUUCUUAUUCCCAGCCAACGAAACGACGUCAACGUGCUUGAACGAUACAACAUGGAAUAAACCAACACCAUGCUGUGCUCGUAGUUGCCCACCAUACGCAUCAAUGGACUUUGUCAUGGUUGUCGAUUCUUCUUCUUCAAUCGGGAGAAAGAAUUGGAGGAUUAUGAAGGAGUUUGGAAGAAACGUUUUGAAUACAUUUGUUUUAGCUGAAGACGCAGCAAGAAUGGCUGUGUUUCGAUACAACAGAAAGGUUGACAAUGUAACACAGGUCUUACUUAAUGAUCACAUUGGUGACAAGGAUGCGUUUUUGGCAGCCUACGACAGAAUCAACUACAAUGGUAGAGGUACAUGGACUGGCCACGCCUUACAACAUGCAAAGGACGUUAUGUUAGCUGCUGAAAAUGGAAACCGAGCUGAUAUUAAAGAUGUUGUGUUGACAAUUACUGAUGGCCGUGCACAAGAUAACGUUGUUGAUAUUUCUAAACAAUUAAGAGAUAUGGGAGUCCUGACAUACGCAGUGGGCAUCGUGCCGGGGAACAAAAAAGCGAUCGAUCGCAACCAACUAAUGGCAAUAGCUGGGUCAGAAGAAAACCUGUUUAUGGUUGAAUCUGGGUUUCAAGGUCUGGAUGAACAAUUUGCAUCCAAGUUAGCAAGGUCUAUUUGCACCAACCGUUGUGGAAGUACCUUGCAAUAAACUUGUGUUUACUAAGAGUAAACAAGAUUGUAAACCAACAAUGCAGAAACGAAUGUUUGAAUAAGGUUGCAAAUUGAAAAAAUAAUAAAAUGUCUGCUGCUGAUA